GGGCCCGCAUCCAGGCAGGAUCAAUUCGACAGCCCCAAGGCUGCCCGGCAGUUGCCUGUGUAGCUGCCACGCAGCGCUGGGGGUGCAUGAGCGUUUUAAUAGCACGGGGUUUCUGCUACGUCCCUAGCCUGCCCCGCUUCCCCCUUGGAAAAGCUCCGUGUUUUGACUUGCCUUCCCUUUUAAGUCAGGCACCUCUCCAGGCGCCCUAUUCUGCGCCCGAGGGGAAGAAGGCCCCGUUCUCCCAAGAUGGCGGCGCUGGCAGGUGACCCUGGGGGCUCUGCGCGCCGCUAGCUUAGAAGGCCCCAAAGAUGGCGAUGCUGGCAGAGCCCCGUAAAAAGCAGAAGUGGUCUGUGGAUCCUAGAAACAGCGCCUGGAGUAAAGAUGAAUCCAAAUUUGGCCAGAAGAUGUUGGAAAAAAUGGGAUGGUCCAAAGGAAAGGGUCUUGGGGUUCAGGAACAAGGGAGCACAGAGCACAUCAAGGUUCAAGUGAAGAACAACACACUUGGUUUAGGAGCAGCCAUAAAUUAUGAGGACAACUGGAUUGCUCAUCAAGAUGACUUCAACCAACUUCUGGCUGAACUGAAUAAUUGCCACGGGCAAGGUGAAUCAGAGCCCUCUAGCGAACAGAAGAAGACAUUCAGUCUUGAAGAGAAAUCCAGAUCCUCCAGGAAACGUGUUCAUUAUAUGAAGUUUGCAAAAGGAAAGGAUCUCUCUUCCCGCAGCGAAGAUGACCUGUCCUGCAUUUUUGGGAAACGACAGAGUACAAAAACUGAGGAGGACAACACCUGUGCGGAUUCUCCGGAAGAGGACAGAAAAGAAGACCAGGGGAUGCCCAACCCAGUGGACCAUAGUAAUACAGUGACCAGCACCAUGACGGUGCAAGAGUAUUUUGCCAAGCGCAUGGCAAAACUGAAGAAAUUCCAGAAAGAACCAGAGAGUGAGUUAGCUGAUCCUGGCACAACCGCAGCUGAAGACUUAGAGUCUUCACAAGGACUGAAAACCAAAUCCAAAAAGAAAAAGAAAAGCCGGAAAAAUGCUGAGGCAGAGAACGUGGACGGUUAUGAAGAACCAAAGGUGAAACGCUCCAGAACAGAUGGCUUGUGGGAAGAAGAACUGGAGACAGCAAACACUGAAAACCAACCAGGGAAAAAGAAAAAGAAAGCUAAAGGUCAACGCAAAGGUGAAGAUGUCAGUUGUAAUGGAAAUUCUUGUGUUUUCCCAGGGAGCGGAGAAAUUUACCCUGGAACAUCUGACGGGGAAAGUCUUGGUGAAGAAGACUCCAAGACAAAGCAAAAGAAACCAUAUAAGAAAAAACACAAAAAGCAGAAAAAAGAGGCAACUGAGUAUGUCGACAGAAUGCAGAGACAAAAGAAGAAACAUUCAAGUUAACUUAGCAGUGUCUUGGACUUUGGAAUGAGUUAGACGUUGACAUGUUGAAUAUGAAGCCUGUAAAUGCUAGCCAGACAUCAAAAUGGAGUUCAUCCCAUGUGUAGCACUCUCUCUAUCAGUACUGAAACCUCAGACUCUUUAAACACAGCUCUUGUUGGCAGGGCGGGAAUACAUUGUCUCGUCAUAGGUGGGGAUGAAGCAUGCUAUUAACUGUUGUACAUAACAGUGCUGUGGGCUAGGCUUUUCCCAAGUCUACUGUAGUUAGGCUCUGCCUGUGCGCCAGUAAUCAGCAGUUAGCCCGCCCCCUGGUCCCCCACCCCACCAGCAA